AUGGCUCUCGAAGCUCCGUUGAGAUCGUCAACUGGGAGUAUAAUAUCCGCUUUCUCGCCUCACAUGGAUGCAUCUAUGUCUUCGCCAGAGUCAUCCUCUGCUCCCCACUCACAAUUCCGCCCAAUGUCUACUAGUGCUAUAGAGUCCAGUUCCUUACGGCCGUCAUCGGCGGCUCCCCGACCCGCUUCCGCCAAUCACUAUCUCAUGAGUCCGAGCGACAUAGUCGGCCCUUCGCCAGUCACAUCCGUCGGGACAGAAGUGACAGAGAUAGAUGAUGAAAUGUCUGAUGAGGUUCGAUCCCAACCUACCACAGCGAACCCUGACCGGCAACCUCAGCUUCUAAUGCUUAGCACGAAUGUUCCCGAUCAAGUUCGACAAAACGUAAAUGAAGAGGCUGUUUCGGUCAUUCACGCGCCGGAGAGCUUCCAGAGUUGGACUACCGCCGACAACUCGCCAAGGCAAUCGGAGUCGACCCAAAAGACAUCGCCUUCUACUCCUCCCGCCAAGCCAGAGAAUAUACUCCUGCCAUCUAGUAAUGACUUGAACUCAAAGACUAAAUCUCCUGCCCUGCCGACACCGCCUCCUCUAUCAACAGAUAUCAAGCCCGUCAGGUACAGUAUUGACACUGCAACGCCUAGGGCUCAGAAUCUACAGGAUGUACUCAAGGACUCAUCGAGGAUACGGUCUAGUAGUGCUAGUAGCCUCGAAUUAAUACCGGAGAGCAAGGAACCUGAAACGGACACAGAACCCGACCUAGAAAGUUAUGACGAUGAGGAAUUUGUAACGCCUGUUCGUGAACAGGACGUUGAUGAUGUGGAGAUCAGUUCUUUGAAGACGGCAUUACAGGAAUGUUGGACCUUGUGCAAUACCUUGGCUACUCUUAGCACGCACCACCGAGAAAGAGUAUUCAGUACGUCGGGAACCCCUGAUGGCCAUGAAAGGGCUUGGAAAUGCUGUUGGAAGUUGUGUCAGCGAUUAUACGACAGCCGCGACGAACCUGACGAAUCCUUUAACGUUCGUCAAAAUCUGGAUCUUUGCAGGGAUUUCUGCCAAUCCCUCUUCGAUAUACGGCAACGCAAAGACGAGGUUGCGGAUUCCGUUCUGCGGGUUAGCUUCGAGCUCAACAACCAUCUAUACAGUGCGCAGGAUAACCGAAUCCUUCCGGAGGCAUUCCGAGAACGGACUCUAGACUUCUACAUAACACUAUGUCAUAGGCUUAUGAAGCAGCGUGGCGAGCUGGGCGAAGAAACGGAUUCGCUACUCUCUGCAUGUUGGUCACUUGCGGAAAUGUUAUUCAGCUUACGACAGAGCAAGAGAGAUGGGAAAGCUCCAGACGAAGAACUUCUAGGCUCGGCGGUUCAAGCAUGUUGGGAACUAUGCGACAUAUUUAGGGAAGGAUGGACACAGAUCCGACCGGACAGGGGGACGCCGCGUCCUAGUCAAACCAGCUUUUUCACAUAUAACCGAGAAAGGGAGGCGGCCGAGUUAACAGACGGCAGAGAAAGCCGAGCUUCGCAACGCUCGAAAGCUGGCAGUUUAAAAAAUCAAAAGUCUCAAGGAGGAAAAUCAUCUCGCAAAAUACCACCAGUCCCCGAAACCCCCGUGACCGAGUUCGAGGACACACCCGUCUCUCCUGACGGCGAAUCUCCACAAGUACCUAACAUUCUAGUCCUCGGAACGGAUAGCAAUAGAGGCGGCCGAUGGUCCAGCAGCGCCUCAAAUUUAUCUAGCUACUCCCAAAGUAGCCAACGGACGUCUAGCACGGCUACCACAGCAACAACAAACGAAGACCCGAAUAUUACGCGCAUCAAGAUCCUCCUCCUUAAAGCUGCGAUGAAUAUCGGCUUCUCGCGCGACGCUAACGUGGACGGACACUAUCAUAACGGCGCGGCCUCCUUGCAAGCUUUUGUCAAAGCACUACCUAUGGGCUCGUUCGGCUCAUUGCCCGCCCACGCCGCAUUACUAAAGAGCUACAAAAAUCUCGUCGUAGCCGAUUCAUCGUUUCGACAGGCAUCCUCUCUACCGUCGCGUGGGAAACGUGUCCUAGCUACCGACGUAGCGAAUAGCGUCGGUUGGAUGGCGCAUCGUGCCAGCCAAUACGGGUUCCUGCGCGACCUAUUCAAGCUCGUGUUUGGCUUCCACGUCGAGGAGGCCGAUGGCCGGAAGAAUGUCAGCAUCGCGGUUUGA